AAAGUUAAAACUGAAUUGCGUUUUCGUUCGAAUAAACCAAGAAGGAAAUAUUCUCUCCUCUUUUAAUUCAUUAAAUCACCGGACCUCAAGAUUUGGUAGAGUUCAAAGUAAAUCCAACCAAGCUAGAACGCAAGGGAGGCAACGUUUCAACGGAAUCACGUCAAACUCGUGACAUCUUUUCAGAGUGAUUCAAACGGAAUUCACUGGUACCAAGUAAGAAAGAAUUCAAUUGUCUAAAAUGAGAUAGGAAAAAAGGAAGGAAUGAAGAAGGAUAAAACGAGAGAAAGGUGAUUAGAAGUGGUAUUAGAGGUCAUGUCAUCGUCUUUCUCAUCGUCUUUGUCAGUGGUAGCAUUGGUCUACGAAUCGAAGAAGAAUACCGGCCGUUGGUGGUUUUGAGGGUGUGUUGGAUAGAAUAUGUGGUAGGAGGGUGAAAGAGAGAAACGAAGAGAGAAAGAGAGGUGGGUGGUGAGAAGGAAAGAAGAGGGAGCAAUGUUACAGAGGCAUGAACACCAGGUGGCGCACGUACCAGCAAGAAAAUCGAUACUUAUCGUCUCGGGGAGUACAGUCGUGCGUCUUCCAGUACGCGACUCGUGUGCACGAGUACGGUUUCGUGAAUUACGCUCUCGAGCUCCUCGUUGUGAAGAACUUUGGCAGCGAGACGUGGGAUGAAAUAAAGAAAGAUGCUGCCAUUAAUAUGGAUGGACAAUUUCUAGUACGACAAAUUUAUGACGAUGAAAUUACUUAUAAUCUUAUAGGAGCGGCUGUCAAUCGAUUGAACAUUCCUGCAAAUGAUAUAUUGGAACUUUUCGGUCGAAUGUUCUUCGACUUCUGUCAGGAUUCUGGAUAUGACAAAAUCCUUCAAGUUCUAGGGGCAACACCCAGAGACUUCUUGCAGAAUCUAGAUGCUCUUCACGAUCAUUUGGGUACUUUGUAUCCUGGAAUGAGGGCACCAUCUUUUCGAUGUACAGAAAGACCAGAAGAUGGUGCUUUGGUAUUGCACUAUUACUCGGAUCGACCGGGUUUGGAACACAUUGUUAUUGGAAUUGUUAAGACCGUGGCGAAAAAGCUUCACGGGACAGAUGUGGAUAUGAAGAUCCUAAAGACGAAAAAUGAAUGUGAUCACGUGCAAUUCUUGAUAACCAAUACAUCGGGACCUGGUGUCGUUUCCAAUUCUAUGAUCGUUGAACAUGAAAUGUUGUCUGCUGAACCAAAGGUGAGCCCCACUACGUUUUGCAGAGUGUUUCCUUUCCAUAUCAUGUUCGACCGGGAUCUCACGAUAGUGCAAACAGGCUACACCAUCACUCGUAUUUUACCACAGGUUUGCAGUGGUAAUUGCAAAUUAACCGACAUACUCUUUGCCGUCAGGCCGCAUUUGGAAUUAACAUUUGAAAACAUACUGUCACACAUAAACACUGUCUACGUGUUGAGGACUAAAAAGGGAAUGAUGCGAGUUGCAUCCUCGGAAGAGUACGCGUAUCUACGUCUUAAGGGUCAAAUGUUGUACAUACCUGAGAGCGAUCUGACGAUUUUCCUCUCUUAUCCAAGUGUCAUGAAUCUUGACGACCUUACGAGACGUGGUCUGUACCUAAGCGAUGUACCAUUACACGAUGCAACGAGGGACCUCGUCUUGAUGUCGGAACAAUUCGAAGCGGAUUAUAAGUUGACAAGAAACUUGGAAUUACUCACCGAUAAGCUGCAGCAGACGUAUCGCGAACUCGACGGUGAGAAGCAGAAAACCGACAGGUUAUUAUAUUCUGUAUUACCGAUUUCCGUGGCGAAUGAACUUCGACAUUCGAGGCCAGUACCUGCAAAAAAAUAUGAUUGCGUAACACUUCUCUUCUCGGGAAUCGUUGGUUUUGGAGCUUAUUGUGCGGCUCAUACUGAUUCUAGUGGUGCUAUGAAGAUUGUUAACAUGCUCAAUCAACUGUAUACUGCUUUCGACGUCCUUACGGAUCCCAAGAAAAAUCCCAACGUUUACAAGGUUGAAACAGUGGGCGACAAAUAUAUGGCUGUGAGCGGAUUACCGGAACCGUGUCGUUGUCAUGCACGAUGUAUAGCACGACUUGCACUCGAUAUGAUGGAUCUUGCCGCAGAUGAGGUACAAAUCGAUGGAGAACCUGUGAAAAUCACCAUCGGUAUACACAGCGGCGAAGUUGUAACUGGUGUUAUUGGACAUCGUAUGCCACGAUAUUGUUUGUUCGGAAAUACUGUCAAUCUUACAAGUCGGACGGAAACUACCGGAGAACCUGGUAAAAUAAACGUUUCGGAGAAUGCUUACAGGUAUUUGUGCAUGCCAGAGAAUCAAGAUCCUCAAUUUCUAUUGGAAUACAGAGGUCCAGUCACUAUGAAAGGAAAAUCCGAACCAAUGAACGUAUGGUUCUUGUCUAGAGAAGUGGAACUAAAUGCAUAAUUUGAUCAGCGAGUAGAAUAAUUCCAACUAUCCUUGAAACUAUCGUUACAGCAAUAAAAUGGGAGAUCCCUAUAGAAUA